GUGGAGUUUGCAUCCCAAAGUGAAGUAAACCUGAAGUCAUUUUCUCAUCAUGAUCAUAAAGAUAAACCACACAAGUUUCAUUUUUACCAGCUGCAUUUCUUUGUUUCUAGGCCUGGGAUGCCCGCCUGAUGAUGGAGUGCUCUUUGGCCGUGAAGUGUCCGGAUAUCAGCACCCACCUGGCUGGAACAAAGAAGGUGCAGCAGGUGCUUGCUAAGCCCGGUGUUCUGGAGCAUUUCUUCCCCGAUCAGCCGCAAGUAGUGGAGCAAGUGAGGGCCACCUUUGCUGGCCUCUACACUCUAGACAUGGGAGCAGAAGGUGAUGAAACAGUAGCGAUGGCUUUGGCGACACCAGAUCGGUUUGUUCUGAAGCCUCAGCGAGAAGGAGGAGGAAACAACAUUUACGGACAAGAGAUCUGUGAGGUCCUUGGCAAAGUGAAGAGCAGUGCGGAGCGAAUGGCCUACAUAUUGAUGGAUAAGAUCCAGCCCGUGCCUACACGCAACUGCCUGCUCGGAAGAGGCAAGCCCCUCAAAAUAAGUUCUUGCCUAAGUGAACUGGGCUUCUUCGGAGCCUAUGUCAGGCAGGGUAAAGACAUGCUGAUGAACGAUUGUGUGGGCUAUCUUAUGAGGACGAAAAGUUCAGAAUACUUGGAUGGGGGUGUAGCUUCAGGAUAUGCAGUCUUGGACAACCCGCUCCUCUUCUGAGAAGAUUGUUCAACACGGGCUGAUGCAAGAUGCUCCAGCGGCUUCCAAUGGAUUGAUCUUCUGUUGCCGACCCUUGACCUCCCCGCCUCGAUAUUCUCUCAGGCAGAACUCAUAGUCUGCCCUAGCAGACUAUGAGUUCUGCCUUAGCUUGUUUGCCUGUCCCCGUGGCGGUUUGCUGUUUUGCUAUGACAACCAAGUGUGAGUUUCACCCUCCUGCGAACCAUGGAUCACUGAGCAUUUCAUCACCUGACUCCAAACCACCUCCCCGGUCUUUGGACUCAUGAUCUGAGAUGGACAAAAAAAAAGUUUGGAUUUUUCUGCUCAAUUCAUAUUCCACGAAUGCAAUAUUAAUUGGAAUGCCAUGUUUAGACUACUGGGGGCGUAUAGAACAUUGUAUUCUCAAGAACAUUUUUGACUUGACUUCCCCUUUAAGGCUAAAGUCUGGGAACAGGUCUGCCAGCAUUCUUGAAAAGGGGGCUUUGCUAUAAGAAUGGAAGUCUGUUUCCUCCCCAUCACGCCCAGGACGGUCAUCUCUGAUCCACUUGCUUCUGUUCGGCAACCAUCAUGAGUUCGUCCAAUUUCACAUCCUGCAUCCCUGGUGGACCUUUGGUGUUGACGACACAGCUCGAACCUCAACCGGACAACUGGUGCAAUCUUCGCUUGGAGUUUUUAAUGUCACGUUUGCCUCAAAAAACUUGUCACGCCUCUGUACUCACCAUCACCUGUUCAUGGCAGCUUGAGGCACCCGGUCUGAAGAAAUGUGUCCCGAGCUAUCUUCUGACACUGCUCUGACAAUGCAUUGGGUGCAGCUCUUCCAACCAUCUUCCACCAUGCGCGGAAUGUAACAUAUUUGCCACACAAGCCAAAUGACAGCCGAGAUUCUUCUAUUUCUUCUGCUGUAACUAUUCACUUCUUUGUACUCACACACACACACACACACACACACACACACACACACACACACACACACACACACACACACACACGUGACUAAAUGUAACAGAUGUGUCUUAAUUAUUUCAGGACUUGGAGAAGAGAAAUAACUGACCAAAUAAUGUCACUUUGGCA